CUUUUAGGCGUUAGUGCAUUUCUCUGCGUUUUGUCACAGUUCCGUCGCUGCCCAAUUAUAAAAACCAAGAAAACAAUUAUUAUUGGCUGUUUUCGUUGAUAUAAAUUGACUUUACAUCCACAUGCCACACUCGCACACGUGACCAUACACACACCAAAUAACAAACACAAACACCCACGCCCACACUCAAACAAAAACACAAACACAGGGUACGGGGAACAACAAGAGAAUGUCAGAAGAUGCGCAUGCGCGGCCGCAGAUUGCUUCCAAUUGUUUUGUCGCUGCUCAUCAUCGUUCUGCUGUGCAUCAGCUACAUUUCAAAUCACCUGCGCGACUCCGCCUCAUCCUCCGUGCCCCCCGACAGCGAUGAGUUCCUGCUCCAGCUGCCCGCCGAAACAACCUCGGCGCCCAGGCUGCGUCCUCCGGCCGGACCUCUGUUAAACCUCACCGACUUCGACUAUUUGCUGGCUAGCGAUGUGUGUCGCCGCGCGGACAAGGAGCUUCUGGCUGUGCUCAUUGUCACCUCGUAUGCGGGCCACGACUCGCUGCGCGCCGCCCACCGCCAGGCCAUAACACAGAGCAAGCUGGCCGAGAUGGGGCUGCAGCGGGUGUUCCUGCUGGCCGCCCUGCCGCCCAGAGAGCGCUUCCUCACCCAGGCGCAGGUGAUCAACGAGCAGGCCCGCUUUGGGGACCUGCUGCAGGGGAACUUCAUUGAGGACUACCGCAAUCUGAGCUACAAGCAUGUGAUGGGGCUGCGCUGGGCGGCUGGCGAGUGCAAGGGACGCACCAAGUUUAUCAUCAAGCUGGACGACGACAUCAUCUACGAUGUCUUUCACUUGCGCCGCUACUUGGAGUCUCUGGAGGUAGGGCAGCCCACGCUGGCCACCUCGAGCACGCUGCUGGCCGGCUAUGUGCUGGACGCAAAGCCGCCCAUCCGCCUGCAGGCCAACAAGUGGUACGUGACGCAGCAGGAGUACCAGCAGCCCCUCUACCCGGACUACCUCUCCGGCUGGCUGUACAUCACCAACGUGGCGACUGCCAGCCGACUCGUGGAGGAAGCGGAGCGGGUGCCCAUCUUCUGGAUCGACGAUACGUGGGUGACGGGCGUGCUGCGUGCCCGUUUGGGCAUUCCACUCGAGCGCCACAACGACUGGUACUCGGCCAAUUCGGAGUUUCUCGACUGCUGUGUGCGUGACCUCAAGCAGCACAGCUUCGAGUGCGAGUACUCCGUGGGGCCCAACGGGGGACAAGCUAAGCUGCUCGUCGAGUUCCUGCAUCACGUGGAGAAGUGCUACUUCGACGAGUGCACCAAGAGACCGGUGGGCAAGUCCCUCAAGGAUACCUGCGUGGCGGCGGCCAAGGUCCACGUCCCCGAACACGGCCUACCCCAAGUGAAGCCUCUCAAGCUGAGAUGACCUCCGUCCAAAGCACUGGCCACUGCUGGUUGCGCUGACCAAUUGUAUCCAAUUCCAAUUGUAUCGAAUGGUGUCCCUGGUGUCCGGGAUAUCCUCACACAGCACUCGAUGUAGUUUUUUACUUAAGUUAAGGAUCGCAAUAUCAUCCACGUACCUCCACGUCUCUUAGUUUAGUUAGGAUUUUUCUGAGCGCAAAGUCUAGCUCAGCAGCCAGCGAAUCGGUUUAUCCACAUCUCUGGCGAGUGAGUUGGAGAGGCAGCCUAUCCAAGCACCAUCCAUUCCAUAGUGGAUUUCGGAGCAUCCACUAUCCUAAUAUUAAUGACGUACAAACCCACUUAAUAUGCUUAUGUACUGUCCGUCCCCUAACCGUAGACUUUAAAUCCUUGCAAAACCGAUCAAAUCAUGAUAAUAAAUAUGAAUGAAUAGGGAA